CACAGUGGCGCUGCUUCAGUGCUGGACAGGCCUGGUUCUGGUUUUGGGCAGGAUCCCUGAAGAGUUCUGGACGUUGAGGGUCCUGAAGGUUUUGGAGCCUCAUCACAACAGAAUGUGGCCUGAGUGUGACCCAGUCUGAGGGUUCUGGUGAUCUACUCUUCUGAGCUUUGUGGUUCUGCUGAUGGACGCCCGGGCGUCACGCGACGCGGUGUUACCAUGGCAACAACGCGUGUACCUGACUCUGCUGCUUGUCCAGCUGACUUCAUCUCAAGUGGGAGCUUCCUGUCGGAUCCUGAGGUGUAACUCGGACUUCGUGGCAGCGACGCUGGACCGGGGUGGUGCCGGUGCUGGAGGCGCAGGUGGAGCCGGGGAGGCGGGGAAUGCUGGCUUCUGCAGUGCCCUGCGCUCCUACGCCAUGUGCACCAGGAGGAUGGCGCGGGCGUGUCGCGGUGACCUGGCCUACCACUCGGCGGUUCAGGGCAUCGAGGACCUGCUGAUCCAACGCCGCUGUCCCCGGGUCGGGCCCACAGCCCAGCCCCGGCCCGUCCCUCAGGGAACACUGUCAGGAGACACCUGCCUCUAUGAGAGCAGCUUCCUCAGCAGAGAGGGGCGGGAGCCAGACUACCUGCACUGCGGGGUGUUCGGUGACCCGCACAUUCGAACCUUCAACCAUGACUUCCAGACAUGCGCCGUGUCCGGGGCGUGGCCUCUCAUAGACAAUGAGUACCUGUACGUUCAGGCCACCAGCUCCGCGGCCAAGGCUGGGUCACACAGCACGGCUCUCACCAAGAUCACCGUCAUCUUCAAGAACAUGCGUCAGUGCACUGAUCAGCAGCUCUACCAGGCGGAGCUCGACAACGUCCCCGCCGCCUUCGCAGAUGGCACAGUGUCAAGCGGUGAACGACAGGGACGCCACAGCCUGACGGUCCGGACUCAGAAUCCGGGGCGGCAUGCUGAGAUUCGGGCGGCUCACAUCGGCACGGUGCUGGUGGUCCAUCAGAGUGGCCGCUCGCUCAGCCUAUCCGUACGCUCCCCGCGCACCAUCGUGGACGCGUUCGGCCCGGAGCAGGACCUGCAACUGUGCGUGUGGGGCUGCCCCGCCUCCCAGAGGCUUAACCUGCUCCACCCCCCCUCACCGCACCCGUCAUCAUCCACGGUCGCCGGUGCUCAUGGGCACUGUGCCGCGCUGCUUCCCAUCCGGGACGUCUACUACCAGGCCUGCGUGUUUGACCUGAUCUCCGGCGGUGACCUGAACUCCAGCCUGGCUGCUGUCAGCGCACUGCAGGACGCCAGAAACAUGCUCCCUGACCUGGACAUGGUUCACCUGCUGCCAGGUACUGCUGAGCGGCACCGAGCUGGACCCGACCUGCUGCUGACGCUGUUUUGUAUGUCAGCAGUGCUCAGAGUGUGAAGCGGCAGGAACUGGCAGCGAACCAGGAUUUCUAGUCCAACUUCACCUACAAACUGUGGGGACUGAUCAGCAGCACCUGGAACUGGACGUUCCAAUGUUAAUGAUGGAACAGACUCCAAGGGUUUAGAUCACUGGGCCCAAACCGGUACCUAUGGUCCAAUCGGUAUGAAAGCUGCUUGGUUUCAUUCACAAGAAAGGAGUUAGAACUGUUCUCAGAUCUUUAAACUGGGGAACUGAACAGGCACACAUGACAGGCCACAUGACAGCUGGUUAAUUGUUGAAAGGGGCGUGGCCAUGACUCUGACGAGGCAGAGAGGGGCGGGGUCACAUCAGCACCUGAUGGAAGAUAAUAAAAGCUGUAUGUAUAAAAAGUGACUGAACCAGAGGUUCCACAUGUUAUGAGACAAAGUCACCAAAUUCAUUGUCUAUCUUUACAGAACUGGAUCAGAACAUUUAAAUGGACUCACUUCAGUUUAUAUCAGGGACAGAAUGUAACAAUAGGUCUAAACAGGGUUGUACAGACAUGAUGACUGGAAUAUGAACAUAAAUUAACAUAUUUAAUAAGACAAUUCGGGUCCCGGUCUGGGUCCGGGUCCACCACCGUAUGUGAGGCCUUCCUGUAAUCUCUCCGGCUCCUGGGUCAGCUGGAGUUACUGCUUGUCAGUCAGACGAGUGAUGAGGAGAGGAGGCGAAUCCAUUUAAAGCUUUUAUGUGUUAGCUGCUUUCUUCCCCAGGGUCACGUUAAGGGUUUCUAUGAAACUAAAAGUAAAGAAGAUUACAUGGAAACAAAUUCAGGUUUUAACAAGUAAGAACAGGUUCACAAUCAGACAGGAAAUGUUUCCCCAGAGGCCUCAGCAGCACCAACACCAGGAUCCUGUCGAACCCGACCAGAGUCCCAUCUAACGGGCCCCACAGUGAGAAUGAGCCUCCAAGGCCUAACAACAAACGUACAAUCAGAUGUAUGAAGCCUGAUCAAAUAUUCAGAUAUGAGCCGUCUACUUUUAUCUGUAUCACAUAAAAUGUGCUGAUUGAUGAUGAUGUUGAUCAUAAAUAUGUUGUUUCUUUCUGAUGA